GGCUCGCGCAGCUCACCUGUCCGCAGGUGUACAACCAGAAGAAGAAAAAGGAGGAAAAGAAAGAAAAUGAGUAACCCAAUACCCUCCAACCUGAAGUCAGAGGCGAAGAAAGCCGCCAAGAUCCUGAGAGACUUCACCGAAAUCUCCAACCGGAACGGACCGGACAAACUCAUCCCUGCUCAUGUGAUAGCGAAGGCAGAGGGUCUGGCCAUCAUCUCCGUCAUCAAGGCCGGCUUCAUGAUCACCGCCAGAGGAGGCAGUGGCAUCGUCAUCGCCAGACUGGCCGACAGACGCUGGUCGGCACCGUCUGCCAUCGGCAUCGCCGGCCUGGGAGGAGGCUUCGAGAUCGGAGUGGAGGUGUCCGACCUGGUGAUCAUCCUGAACCACCGGAGGGCCGUCGAGGCCUUCACAAAGGGCGGGAACCUGACGCUGGGCGGGAACUGCACCGUCGCUGUGGGACCCAUGGGCAGGAACGUGGAGGCUGACGUGGCUAUUCGCAGCCCGACUGCGGUCUUUACCUACUGUAGAUCCAGAGGGUUGUUUGCUGGUAUUUCUCUGGAGGGAUCCGGCCUCAUCGAACGCAAAGAAACCAACCGCAAGUUCUACUUGAGAGACAUCCGUGCGUCGGCCAUUUUAAACGGCGAUGUGGAGCCACCGUCGGAAUGCUACGACCUCUACCACAUCCUGGAGGCCUACACCGAGGCCUACACCACCGACUGGACCAACAAGAAUAUGCAUCCAAAGUCGUCUUUUACACCAUCCAGACCUCCAGCUCCGUCGCAGAGACCGCCAUCCGGCUACCAGCAACCGCCAUCCGGCUACCAGCAACCGCCAUCCGGCUACCAGCAACCGCCAUCCGGCUACCAGCAACCGCCAUCCGGCUACCAGCAACCGCCAACCAACACGGGUAAAAACAUCCUCUACCCGAGCAUCUCCGUCUAUAAAUCUGAGACUUCAGAUCAAUUCGCCUCCAGAAGCUCUCCAAAUGCCGGUGGAGGAUCGUCAGUGGGCGGGGCCAGCGGGCAGCUUGUCGUCACGGCGUCGCACCCGUUCAGCGGGCAGCAGCCCGGUGACCUGAGCUUUGCCCCCGGCGACCGCAUCACCGUCGUCACCAAGACCGACUCGGAGUACGACUGGUGGGAGGGCCGACUGGCCGACGGACGCGUCGGGAUCUUCCCCGCCAACUUCGUGACGUACUGACGGCCCCCCUCGUGGUCCGACGGAGGAAGUGCAGCGGAACGGCGGCUUCUACGGCAAGCGGCAAGGACGAACGUCCUAGGGUUUGGGUGACACGUUGGAGACGUUAGCGAAGAGUCGAAUGAAGGCAAUGAAUCGGUAAAAACGAUCGGUCGUCACUUUUUAAAGCAAAAACACUAAAAAUGUAAAGUUUCCAAUUUAUGGAAAUGUAAGAAUUCACAACUUUUCCAAAUUUGACAUCAUAUGAUGACAAAACCUUAAUUAAUCAAUAAAUAAUAAUCAGCAGAUUAGUCAGCAAUGUACUGACUGUAAUCUACUGUAAUAAAGUAGCUUCAGAUGUUCUUAAAUAUCUGCUCCAUUUAAACCAAACUAGAAUAGAUGUUGUUCAUCUGUACUUCAUUCAGUCAAAAUGUUUAUGUCGUACCAAACUACAUUGUUCUCUCCAGGAAACUAACAUCUGUAUCAUAAAGUGCUCAUUUGUUUAUUGUUGGAUAUUUAGGGAGUGAUGACACAUUUAGUUGUGGACAUUAUUUAACAAUGACGGGACUUUCUACUGUUGUAAGAAGUAAACGUAAUAUAUUAUAACUAUAACAUUUAAAUUAGGAUUUACACUUUUUUAAUAGGAAAGUAAUAAAAAACAGAAUUCGUCUGUUUCAACACUUUAAAAAAAUCCACAAAAUGUUUUCUGCACAUUAAUAAAACAAACUGAUGACAUCAUCUUCUUCUCUGCUCUUCACACUCUUCAUCGGUGCGUUCAGGGGACUUUGCAGCGUUGUCAAUUUCAGCACCAGCUGACCCCUUCACUCUUUGUUUGUUUAUUUAAUAUCAAACACUGACGUCCUGUCCUGUCCCUUCAAACUAAAACAGGGGAAAUAAUACACAGAGAUUUAAGAUAUUUUAGAAUAAAAGCACUUUUCAAACUUUUUACUAUUUACAUUUAACUUUCAGGUAAAGAUUUUAUUUCUUUUCAAACAGUAUUUGAAAGCUUCAUUUGUGGGAUCUGUUACAGUUCAUAUAUACAACAUACAGUACAUAUGAUGAUGAUGAUGAUGAAGAAGGUGAAGUCUGUGGUGAUUAUACAUGUUUGACAUUUUUAAAUGAUUAAAGAAUAAAUGUAAUUAUUGAGACUUUGCUUCUAUUUCUGCUCUUUUUGUCAAAUACAUCUUAAAGAUUCUGAAUAAUAUCUAAAAACUACAGAAGAAUAAAUGUAAACUUACACUU